UUGCACAGUCAGUUUGAUUUUAUCACUUUCGGACGUUUUCUGUGGAGUAGCAGGCUUUCUCGAUCCGGAGAAGGAGAGACUUUAGCCGAACAGAGUUUCAUCUUGGUAACAUUGCCUGUGACCUACAAGGAAGCAACUGUACUAGCCGGCCGAGAGACGAGGCAGCCCUGAAGUAGCCGUGACAGUUCCCUUUAUGUUCGCUGCCAGGUUCCUGGCCGCAAGUGCGAAAAAGUCGCCCAGUAUCAAGACCGCAUGAAGGAUUCAGAAUUAAAGCCAGGCGUACCUAAGCCGACACCUGGCGAAGACCCGGGGAAGCCUCCAGACAUGGCUCCUAGUAACUCUUGGUUCGCUGGCCUGGAGCUGAAGUACGUCAGCUUGAUUAUUCUCACCUUCCAGAAUGCCAUUCUGAUUCUUUCUGUGCGCUACACGCGUACGCUAGAAGGGAAAAUGUACAUAUCGACGACAGCCGUCGUAUCUGCGGAAGUUAUGAAGGUUGCGUUUUGCAUUUGCGUUCUCAUCUCGCAGCGCCGAGGUGUGUUUCGUUUCCUUGCACUACUCAACGAGCAGGUAUUCCAGAACUGGCAGGACACACUCAAGCUGUCCAUACCAGCCAUCCUAUACACACUGCAGAACAACCUACAGUAUGUGGCCGUUUCCAAUCUGAAUGCAGCCACAUUCCAGGUGACGUAUCAACUAAAAAUCCUCACCACCGCCAUCGUGUCGGUUAUUUUGCUUGGGAAGGUACUCACAAGAAUACAGUGGACAUCUCUUGUCAUUCUGUUUGUUGGAGUGUGCAUGGUGCAAGUGCAGCUUCAGAAUACCAAGGAGCCUUCAGUUACUGUAGCGCCGACUCCUAUGCAAGAUCCAUUGAGAGCAGCAACAGCUGGCAGCUCUGCACCGCCGUCCAAGCAAAAUCCUAUCCUGGGCCUGAUAGCAGUCAUCAUCUCUGCUUUCUCAUCCGCUUUCGCCGGCGUGUACUUUGAGAAGAUUCUAAAGGGCUCCGCUCAAGUCUCUGUGUGGAUGCGUAACAUCCAGCUUGGAGUGUUUGGUACUGUCAUCGGGCUUGUCGGCAUGCUGAUGAACGACGGCACUGCAGUUGCCAAGAAUGGCUUCUUCUAUGGCUACACUGGCUGGGUCUGGUUCGUCAUCUUCAUGCAGGCGUUUGGCGGUCUCCUUGUUGCUGUUGUUGUCAAGUAUGCUGACAACAUACUCAAGGGCUUUGCCACAUCCUUGGCAAUCAUCCUAUCGACGGUAGCGUCGCUGUAUCUCUUCCCAGACUUCCGCGUCUCUUUCACUUUCUUAAUAGGAACGUCUCUUGUCAUCUCGGCUGUCUACCUAUACGGGAAAUUUGAUGGCAAGCAGCCAUCCAGUGUGCUCCCCGUGAGCAAUCCCAAUGCAAACCCGAAAUAACAUGUAACUUUACUCGUCAUAUGGUUGAUCAUCAUUAUGCAGGUAGUGGUAGUAUGACUUAUUUUCUUUCUGUUCUUACAUCCUUCCAUGUUUUGGUGAAAGUUCCCGUUCAUGCGGGCAUGAUUUCACAGAUGGUGAUUACCGUAGGACAGGUACUUGCUUUGCAUGGCCCAUGUUUUAGCGAUUGUGCCAAGUAAGUGCACGUGGCACAGCUUGCCAUCCUUGAGAAUAGUUACUUACUUUGGCCAACUUUCGACACUCCGUCUGCAUGGACACAUGACAUCCCCGUGUCUUGUUUACGCAUGUACGACUGGCACUAUGGGUGCUUGUAUUCUAUUUAUUAGCUUUAAAAUCAAAGUGCUCUAGGAUUAUUUUUGCACUACCCCUACCCCUCCUCCUUGAUGCGAUAUGGCUUUUGGUGGUAGUUCUCCGGGCGUAUAUACGUAGCUGUCCACAGAAAUAUUUGUCAUCUCUUUGUGAUCGCUUUUACAAGCCACCUGCCACUCUCUGCUGGCCAAUAGUACUUUUACCUUCGUUCACCUUCCUCCUCUCCCUCCUUGCAGUGCGCUUGUCCAAUUAGAACUUAUUCAACAUCGGGUUUUCACUACAGAAUGCGUCACACAAACUCCUAAUACUCACGUUAACAAUUGAUUUUAUUAUGUUCUCUUCCAACUCUUCUUGUUUUCUUUGAGAAGUAGUCGAAGCGAUGCUGUCAGAUUGAA